GAGAGGCGAGGCGAGGCGAGGAGAGAGAGAAAGAGAGAGAGAGAGAGAGAGGGAGAGAGGCGAGCGUAUUUCUUCUUCCCCCUCUCAGAGGAGGAGGAGGGCUCCGUAGUCGCAGGGGCUUCUCGCGAGCGAGGCUCCUCCCCCCCGCCUCGUUCAUCAGCAGCUCGUCACCACCUCCGGCCGCAUACUAUUAUUACCACCAUCACCCCCGCAAAUCCUCGUUCCCUCCCCGUUCGUCCUCCGGCUGAUUGAUUGAUUACCCGCCCUAAGAACCGAAAAUCAAAAAUAAAGAUCUCCGCUUUGGCCGUCGAUCUCCGGUGGUUGAUUCUGUGAGCGUCCGCUGCUGCUUCGUCCAAUCCGUUCGGCCGACUCCUCUCUUCGGUUUCCUUUCUCAAGGUUGGAUCGAGGGCAUUAGGCAGGAGAUGGACGUGGAGGGCAAGAUGAAUUUGGAGAUUGGAUCCAAGGACAUGGAGGUGGAGAGCAAGAACCUGAAGCUGGAGGACCCACUGCCUUCCUCCGCGAUGGACAUGGACGAGCCUGCUGUUGCUGAGAGCGGCGAGGUGGAUGGCAGCAAUGGCAGCUCCAAGGAGUGCCCCUUGACCCCCAGAGAUUCCAUGACCUCCAAUGUUCCUGUGGCCAAAGAGCCGAGAUCAGUCAGCACCGACUUUGGGGAUGAGCUGGACCUUGAGCUUGGGAGUGGAGAGCCAGAGCCCGGCAGGCAGCAGGAGAGGAAGCUCUCAAGGCAAGACCGGCUCGAGCUCAACCGGUUGUUCCAGCAUGCCGUGAGCGCUCAUGAUUGGGAGUGCGCCGAUGGCUUGCUGGCCACAGCUGAUGCACAGGGACUCAAUGAUGUGCUCUGCGUGGCGGUCGAUGCCAUUUGGUUCUUGAGCGACAAGGAGGAGCUGUAUGCCAUCGUCGCCUUGAUCAAGAGGAUUGUGUCGGCGGGUGCGAAUGAUUUCACACGUGCCGCGCUCCGGACGUCGUUCCUGGCAUCGUGUGUGUCGGCAUGCAGGGGGCGGACGACCAGCCUCGCCGAUGCCGUGAGCUUCAUGGGUCAAAAGUUGCAUGAACGCCUCCAAGAAUCUCAUGGCGAUGAGGUAUUGAAGGCAGAGGCAAGUGCAAAGGUACAUAAGUUCACAGAAUGGGCUCUGAAGUGCAUUGGAUUACAUGCUCGUGUGCGGGAGAGUAGGGGCAAAGGAAACCAUGGCACAAUCAUUGAGGUUCAGCUUCAGCUAUCUGCUUUCAAGACAUUUCUGGAUAUUGCUGAUAAUGAUCUUACCGGGAAAGAUUUCACUGAGGCCUUCGAUGCUGCAUGCUUUCCUCUUACACUGUUCUCAAGCACCUUUGACCAAGGAUGGGCAGCAGGGAUCUCGGCAGCUGCUAUACAAGGUCUGUUAGAUUUGUUGGUAGAGGGUGGCGCAGACAAUGUGAACCAAUGCUUUCUUGAAGCUGCACGCUAUGGAAGCACUGAACUCGUCCGCGUCUUACUUCAGAUUGCUCAAAGGAACAGCUUGGACAUUGAUGUGGAUCUAGCCCUUGGUUUUGCUGCCCACUACGGAAAACUCGAAACCAUGGGGUGCUUAGUUGAGGAAGGUAAUACUGUCGCCUUCCUUGGCCCUUUAAUGCGGGCAGCUGAGCGUGGAUGCUUUCAAGUUGUGGAAUGGUUUGUGAACCGUGGCUGUCGGGACAUGGAGCUUUGCCUGGCCCUUACUGCUGCCACCUCUAGUAGCCAGGUUGAAGUUGCUGCCUAUCUCCUGCCUCUAGUCCCCCAACUUGUUCUUGCCCCACUCAGCAUCGAGAUUGUGAAGGCUGCUGGCGAGAGGAGCACAGGUUCCCUCCUAGGUGUGGAUUUUCUUCUCCGGUCGGACUUCCUCAAUGACCCAGCCGCCACAUAUGCUGUAGCAGACAGCAUAGCAAGAUGCGCUGAUGAGGCUGUAGAUGCGAAGCUUAGGCUGUUCAUGCUCGAGCAGUGGUCAGAGGAAGCCUUCAACAAGGGAUUCGCGUCUUCGCAAGAGCACUUUGUCAACAUUACAAGGAUAAUGCAAAGGGGUGAGUCGCCGGUCGUCCUGAGACAGCUCCCGCUUCAGCUGGUGAUCGCCAUGGCCUACCUGCCACUGUACAGGGAGUGCGUCGGGUCAGGUGGGCGGCUUCUGCCGCAGAGGCUAAGAGGGCAGCUCGUGGAGGCUGCAGGCAGGCUGGAGGGCCGGCAAGUGGACAGGGGCACCCAGCAAAGCGAGCUGCUGGCCAUCCUGGAGCACCACCUCCCGCGUUUUCUCGUUCAGACUUGAAUGAAGGUCGCAACCUGCACUCAAACCGCAUCGGCAUCGGCACCGUCAUCGUCAUCGGUCAUCGCAAGCAAGUAGCGAAGGGCGUCGCACCCACCAUCCAUCCUCAUCGUACCCUGCUUGUCGACAUCCGCAAUGAUAGCACCACCCUGAGAGGCUCGCCCCCCCCUGACUCUCCUGCAGGCGCUCUUCGGAGAGUAUAUAGUUUUGGUACAAGGUGUUGUGUUGUGUCGUGUGCGUGUCUUGUGCGAGGCGUCUGUUGAGUAUUUACCGGAACUGCAACCGUCAGAAAAAAAAUGAUAUAAGCGUCGUCGAGAACAUGUUUCUCCAGUUUUCAGUAAACCGUACAUAUGGCCUUGUUUGUUGUU